UUCAAUCUAGCGAGCGUUUCCUUGCAUCGCCGGCGAUCGUCACCGUUUCAUGAUUACUUCACCCAUCUUCAAGUCCACUGUACACUCUCUGUUCCCCAUCAACAGAAGAAGAACAAACACUGUUUAUGGCUUCGGCCUGAAUAUAAGUGGAUAGCGCAGUGGUAGGACCCGUAACAAAAUGAGACCUUUUCCCAAACAAAAAAUUAUUUUACUUGCUUUCUUUAUCUUCUUCACCCAUCCUCUCCACUCACGCGCCUCUGAAGUCUCCCGCCCCCCCUGCAAAGCAUGGCUCGUGCAAUCCAUCCCCACCGAUAUGCCCGACCUCUCCCGCGUUCCCGGCGUUCUCUCUACGGGGGAUGUGCUCCGGUGGCUCGCGGCGAACUCGACUCGGCGGCUCGACAUAAUUGCUCAGUACUGGCAGCUGUUGGCUUCUCCCCAUGAUCCUCGUUCCGGAGAUUACGGCUACUCCCCAAGUGAAAUGCGGAAAUUCGGUGCCCAUGAAGGUGCUGCCGUUUAUGAAGCCGUAGAUGCUGCUGCUGAUCGUAAUGUUAAAAUCAGGUUACUGUCUCACUCGGGAGUGUAUCCAGACUACACCACAGAACCAUCUAAACUUGCUUCAGGAAGGCCAAAUGUGAAGAAUGUGACCUUGUUACUGGAAGAUUGGUGGGGUUCGGGCAUUGUUCAUGCCAAAGUCUGGAUAUCAGAUAAUCGGCACCUAUACAUUGGAUCCGCAAACAAUGACUGGAAAUCUCUUACCCAGGUUAAGGAAGUUGGAAUCUAUCUUACUGGUUGUCCAAGAAUAGCUGAAAGCGUUGAAGUCUACUUCAACAAUUUAUGGAGACUCGCAUCACUCAGUUCUUCAGCUUGCACAAAAACAGUAUUUGAUCAACAGUGGCAAGUUGAAAGAAAGGUUCCUUGCUGGUCUCAUUUCAUCGACCCAAAAAACAGAUGCGAGUCUCCUCUUCCUGAGUAUGUAAAGACUCCCCAUGUUACAGGAUAUCCUGUUCUAUCUGAUCCCUAUAUGUUUAAAGUUUCAAUUGAGACUCCUGGAAGUAACCUUUCAACAAAGCUUCCCCAAGCUAGCUAUCUCUCCUUUGCUCCUCCUGAGCUGUCAUUUGGGAAGUAUCAGGCUGAUGAACAGGCUUGGAUUGAUACAAUUAAAUCUGUUGGAAUGAAGGAAACAGUUAGAAUCAACACCAUGGACUGGUUGGGUCAGUCACAAUAUACUGACCAAACUGUUUACUGGUCAUCCCUGUCCUCUGCGAUAUCAGAGGUUGUGUUUUCCAAGCAUGCAACAGUAAAAAUAUUGGUGGCAUAUUGGAGUCACUUCACCAAUAGUACAGAUGUGUACCUGAAGUCUCUCCUCUACUCCAACAAUCUCUGUUCAUCUUCGAAGUACAACAAGUGCUCUGGAAAAGUUGAGAUCAAGUACUAUGUGGUUCCAGGUUUCAAUUUGACAGGGCCUGCCAUUAAGGGCGGAGCCAGUACAGGAAAUUCAUACCCUGGUUUUACGAGGGUCAAUCACGGAAAAUAUGCAGUUACUGACGUACGGGCUCACAUAGGAACUAGCAAUCUCGUAUGGGACUACUUUUAUACCACAUCAGGGGUCAGCUUUGGAACAGACAACCCUGCCAUUGUUUCACAACUUCAGGAGAUUUUUGAUGCUGACUGGAAUUCACCUUAUUGUGUGCCAGUUGAAAAACUGGAACAACGCCUUUCUUUUUCAUCCUAGAAGUGCUUGUUUUCGUUUGCAUUGUGAAAGUGUUCCAUAUCGGUUAUUUGAUUAGUGGGUCGUGUAAUAUUUAUCUUCAUGAUAUAAUCGAAGUUACUUUAUUGGAACUAUGGUCAGGAUCAAAAAGACUUUCAAGAGC